AUUCCUGCCUGGAGAUGAGGUAACAUUUUCUCAAAUCAGGAAAGAAGAAGGGAAACAACUUCCUUGUGUGCCUUUAACAAUGCUGACUGUCUCCAAGACAAAGACACCCACUGUCUCCAGCAUCUGAUGCAGCCAAUCGAGAACAAGACAUUCACAGAAUCUCAAAAAAAGGCAAAUCAAUGAAACAAAGAAUCAGAAAGUAUUUAUUGCCAAGUAGGUUUACACCUACAAGGAAUUUGCUCUGGUUAUUGAUGCAUACAAUGAACAUAGAAACAUAAUAAAUACAACACACAUAAAAAAAGCAAUCUUAUUUACUCCCUUUUUCUAAUAUUUAUACAAAGUAACGUUUAUUUAGACAUAAACAUAUCUAAAUAAAAUAUAUAUAAUAGAUAAAAGAUAUAAAGGUGAAAUGCAAGAUGCAAGACAGUGAACAGUGUCAGAUUGCAAUAUGCAAUGUAAUGCAGAAUAAUAUAAUAUAAUGUGUUAAUUUAACAUAUCCUUGAGGUGUGGGGGCGGAAUAAAAGUCAGAGUCACGUGGGGGUCCCGGGCCUUGUUGAUAAGGCCAACUCCAGCCGGGAAGAAGCUGGUCUUGUGGCGGGCGGUUUUGGUCCUGAUGGCCCGCAGCCUCCUGCCCGAGGGAUGAACUCAAAGAGUUUGUGAUUUAUUCGCUUCUAGUAUUGUACUAAGUAUUACAGAUUAAACAAAAUAAAAAGUAAAGGAUGAGCAGACGUCCCCUUUAUUUAGUGACUUUUAUUCUUUAUUACUAAGUAGCCUGUGCCAACUUCAAAAAGGGAAAAAUCUUCAUCUACGUCUAGUGUUAUAGAAUGAUCCUCUUGUUUUUCUUCAUAUAUUUAUUCUUUUUCCAUGAACUGCUUUGUCUUUUGUCCUUUCAAUUAAUCAUGUUGUAUCAUUGGACUGUCUGUCAGAGCUCGAGGGUUUGGUUUUUAUUGUACAGAACAAACAAAGCAGAGAAGAUGUGUUACAGUUGACGUUAUUAUCUAAACUCAAGUUGGUUGUAUCUUAUUUUAGACAGUGAAGCUCAUCUCAUUUAGUAAUCAUGUUAUAACAAGGGGAUUAUUCUGAUUCUAAUUCUUUGUGAGAGGAAACAAUAGGUUCAUUACUAAAGAAUGUUUCCAUCAGCAAAGAAUGGGACAAUGUUCUGCCUCACUCACCUGUGUGAGCCAACAAAGCUUCCUGAGCCACGUCUCUCAGUUUUGGAGCAAUCCUGGAGUUUCCUGCGAGUGACGGAGUUAAGAGGUUUUGUUUCUGCCAUCUGACUCACACCGGGCAGCCACGCCCGCGCCCCUGUGGAGAAUAUAAACCCGCCAUCACUGCCUCGGUCUCACACCAGGUCGAGGCUAAGAGGCUACACCUGCAGCUCAGAGUCAAAACAGGGAUCAUCUUCACCCUGUGUCCUGGUUCUGUCGUCGCACCAUGGAGGCUCAGCGGUAUCCUAUGAGUGUGCGUUUCACCGGAGUGUUGCACAAGGAGAAGAGCAAAAUGUACAUCACCUCCGUGCUGUGGUCGGACCAGAGUGACAUCGUUGUUUACAGAACUUUUCGGGAGUUCAAGAAAUUCCACAAAAAAAUGAAGGCGGCAUUCCCAGCAGCAAGCCAAUUGAAAAAGUCUGACAGAAUCAUCCCAAAGUUCCGAGACAAGAAGACGAAGCGGAUCGGUCCCAAGAAAUCCCUCUUGCGCCUCAAAUCCUUGCAAAAAUACUGCAACGAGCUUCUGAGCUGCGACCCGCGGGUCACUCAGUCUGGAGACCUCAUCCAGUUCUUCCAGCCCAAGGACCAGGACCUGCAGCCGGACUUCCCUAAGAACAGCAUCAUCAUCAUGCCCUCGGAAGAUGAACUCAACGGCGACACAGGCCACGGCGGCCACGUGACCCAGCCGUUUGUCACGGAGACGUACAGAUGUGUGGCCGCGUACGAGACCAAAGACACCAAGAACAAGCCUUUCAAAGUGGCCUUGGAUGAAAAAGUGGACGUACUGAUAAAGGAUAAAGCAGGCUGGUGGCUCGUGGAGAACGAGGACAAACACAUGGCCUGGUUCCCUGCCCCCUAUCUGGAGAAGCUGGAAGAUGAUUACGAUGAAGAUGAAACCGAUGGGACUCCUGAAAGAGGAACGCUGUGCACUGCGAUCAAGAGCUACAAGGCCACCAAAGACGAUGAGCUGACUGUGCACAUCGGUGCAAUGGUGGAGGUCCUGCAGAAGUCUGACAACGGCUGGUGGCUCAUCAGAUACAAUGGUAAAGCAGGUUACAUCCCCUCCAUGUACCUGCAGCCCUACAGCCACCCUCAGGUCCGCAUGGCAGCCAACCAUCAAAGCCGUCGCUCCUCCUCUGAGCUACCGGCCUCCUCCUCCUCCUUGAUGCUGGAACAGUCCCACCAGCUCAGCCUCUCUUCAGGAAACCUUCUGCAGCUUCCACCCACCAGGUCCUCAACCCCCCGUCUGCUCACACCAGACACGAUGCAGAGGUCUCGCUCUCUCGACAUCCUGUCUGAGCCACCUCGUGCUCCUCCGAGAACCUCUGCCACCAAGGUCGCAACAGCAACCGCCCCUGCAAAACACGUUCCUCCGCCAACCAUAAUGGUGCAAAUGGCCGGAGGGGAGGAGGAGCGUGGCCGGAGCCUGAGAGCAGAGAGCGAUGCAAGCUUUGGGAGCAGCAGCAGCGAAUUCAGCUGCAGCGACGACCUCAGUUCCUCCUCAGCCAGCUCGACCUUUGACCUGAGCCAGAGCGCCACUGGUGACUGGCUGCGCCACAGCCGUACGCCUCCACCCGUGAAGAGCAGCGGCCUCAGCCCAACCCACGGCACCGAGGGGAAAAUGCUCCCCAGCGUCUCUGAUCCCAACAUUUACAAGGGGAGCUCCACGCCGAAGGUGCCGCCCAGGCCGCGGCCUCGUGAGAUCCUCACCCGCUGCACCACCAUCACCCGCAAGAACGCCGGCCAAGGCCUGCCACCCACACAAACUGAGAUACUGAGCCAGUGACCUUUUACUAUCAAGGAACCUCACCUGUUCUAUAGAUGCUGAUGAGUUUUGUUUAAUUUUAUUCUCAUACACGUUGACAUUCUGCUGCCUUUAUCAAUACAAGGACUGUGUCCAGAAAACUAACUGGAAUUAAGAGUCACUGCAUCAUAUAGUGUGAGAGGAUUGUGGGAAUAUAUAGCGGGAAUUAAGUUUGUCUCUUUAAAACUGCAUAAAAACACUUCUCUUCGAGUCUCUAUUCAGUUAUGUUUUCAACUUCGAUAAAGUCUGCUAAAUUUUACCAGCUCACUUGAAUAAAUAGUUUGAUUAAUCAGGUUACGGUAGACAUUCUUAGCCCACAGCUUCACUUUCCGCUCUAAAACGUUUAUUUUCCAUACUGGAAACCCGUGUUGUGCCUUAUAUGCAUGUUCACUGUGUUGAGUGCAAGAGUGUGAUUGGUUUGUUAUUUUACCUGCAAAAAAAUCAGGCUAUUGUUGAAGUAAAACUAAACCUCACUUGAAGAAUGGGACGUGUGCAAAUACUUAACACUGACUUUAAACCCCAGAUUAAACCAUGUAGAAUAGCUGAGUGUGUUCACGUGUUACUGUGGAGCUGGGAACAAAUAAAAACACUUGUAUCAUG